UGCGCGCAGACGCGCAAAUGCGCAGACUCCCAGCAGAAGCAGGACUGCGGGACUCGAGCGGUUGCGGCGCUCAGGUAGGCCAUGAGGCGCGCUGUGUUAGAGCUCGUCUCGCCGCUUGUGGGGCUGUGGUUGUUGCUGUGCAGUUGGGGGUGCCCCGGGAACGCCGAGCCGCGAUCCCCGCCGGAGAAGAUCGCGAUUAUUGGAGCCGGAAUUGGUGGCACCUCAGCAGCCUAUAUUCUGCGGCAGAAAUUUGGGAAAGAUGUGAAGAUUGACGUGUUUGAAAGAGAAGAGGUUGGGGGCCGUCUGGCCACUCUGACGGUUCAGGGGGAAGACUAUGAGGCAGGAGGUUCUAUCAUCCACCCUUUAAACCUGCACAUGAAGCGUUUUGUCAAAGAUCUGGGUCUCUCUGCUCUUCAGGUCUCUGGUGGCCUAGUGGGGGUGUAUGAUGGAAAGACUCUAGUGUUUGAGGAGAGCAGCUGGUUCAUAAUUAACAUGAUUAAACUAAUUUGGCGCUAUGGAUUUCAGCCCCUCCGAAUGCACAUGUGGGUAGAGGACUUGUUAGGCAAGUUCAUGAGGAUCUACCGGUACCAAUCUCAUGAGUAUGCCUUCAGCAGUGUAGAAAAAUUACUACAUGCUGCAGGAGGGGAUGAAUUCCUUGGACUGCUUAACCGAACACUUCUUGAAGCCUUGCAGAAAGCAGGCUUCUCUGAGAAAUUCCUCAAUGAAAUGAUUGCUCCUGUCAUGAGGGUCAAUUAUGGCCAGAGCACGGGUCUCAAUGCUUUUGUGGGAGCGGUGUCACUGUCCGGUGGUGAUUCUGGCCUUUGGGCAGUAGAAGGUGGCAAUAAGCUUGUUUGCUCAGGGCUCCUUCAGGCUUCUAAAAGCAAUCUUAUAUCUGGCUCAGUCGUGUACAUAGAGGAGAAAACAAAGACCAAGCAGACAGGAUAUCCCACAACAAUGUACGAAGUGGUCUACCAAAUUGGAUCUGAGACCCGUUCAGACUUCUAUGACAUCGUCUUGGUGGCCGCUCCAUUGAAUCGAAAAAUGUCUAAUAUUACUUUUCUCAACUUUGAUCCUCCAAUUGAGGAAUUCCAUCAAAAUUAUGAACAUAUAGUGACAACUUUAGUUAAGGGGGAAUUGAAUGCAUCUGUCUUUGGCUCUAGAGCCAUAGAUAACUUUGGCCUUGGUAUGGUUUUAACCACUGAUAAUUCAGAUUUGUUCAUUAAUAGUCUUGGGAUGCCGUCCUCUGUAAAGAAAAAGGAAAAUCUUCAACCGUCAACAGAUGGAACAUUUGUUUGGAAGAUGUUUUCCCCAGAAACUCUUACUAAAGCACAAAUAUUAAAGCUCUUUUUGUCCUAUGAUUAUGCUGUGAAGAAGCCAUGGCUUGCAUAUCCUCACUACGAGCCCCCAGAGAAAUGCCCCUCCAUCAUACUUCACGAUCGACUGUAUUACAUCAAUGGCAUGGAGUGCGCAGCAAGUGCCAUGGAAAUGAGUGCCAUUGCAGCCUACAACGCUGCGCUCCUUGCCUAUCACCGCUGGAAUGGACACACAGACAUGAUUGACCAGGACGGUUUAUAUGAGAAACUUAAAACUGAGCUAUAAAAUGACACCAUCUAUUUUUUCCUCUUCUACUUCCAAAUGAGUAUCACUGGCAAAAAAGGACAGAGUCUGGGCAGAGAUGAUUUUGAAUAGAAUAUUUUGCCAAUAUCACUGUUUAACAAAAGUAAUACCUGUGGGUCAUAAGAAAGUACAAGGUUCUAAUUAAGCAUGAUGAUGUAACUAUUGCACUUAUGCCCUCUCCAAAAUUUCUUAAGUUUUCUUUUAAUAUCCAUUAGCAGUGUUGCUCAAACUUGUCUGAUCAUAAGAAUUACCUGGAAUUUUUUAAACAUGUGAAUUCUCUAGCUCCUCUCUUAGAGAUUGUUUCAGUAAGUCUGGGGGCAGAGCCCUGAAUUUUGAUCAGAAAUGUAGAGCAUUUUAAGCUGAACACUUGAGGGAGAACUUAAGGACUGUGUUAGCUGGGGACUGGUCCAUUUGAGCUUUACUUCUGGACGUGGUGUUCAGUCAGAUAAAACUAGUAAGGGAGAUGGUGUCUUUAUGCCUGGCUCUUAGUAAUUUUAUACCCUCUUUUGAAGUAAAUGUGCCCAUGCCCAAAGCCUUGACUUUCA